GUUUUGUAAAAAAUAAAAUAUGAAAAGUGAUAUAAAGAACUGGGAAUUACGUAACCUCCAGUUCCCUCCCCUGCAAUUCCUUACAUCAAACCACGACAACUGAUAAAAAUUCACCAUUUUCAGCGACUUUAGUUAUUACUACCAAAACCCCUUCAAACCCCUCCGAUUUCCGUCCUCACACCACCACCGUCUCCGCCGCAAUGAGCAAAGCAACGAACUUCGGCCGUCUCCUCCUCCUCCGCCACCGCCACCGCGGUCUCUCCACAUCCCUAAAGUACCCCUGCAAUGCUUCUCCACUCGCUUCAAAUCCCCUUUUUACCUCCCAAAUCACCAGAAAUUACAGCUCCCGUUUCCAGAAUCGAGGAUCCCAAGAUUUUCGUGCCGCCGACGCUGAACGGGCGCUGCAGGAACUUACUUAUCAGGCUGAGAGGGAGAGAAUGCGCGAGAGGGAGGAGAGGAUAAAAGCCGGCCUCGAUGUUGCCGACCUCGAUGCGGAAGAAGAAGAGGAUUACAUGGGUGUGAACCCGCUCAUCGAGAAAUUGGAGAAGGAGAAAGCAAAAGGCGAUCCGCCCAAUUUGAACCGGUACGAGGAGGCAACGGAUUCCGAGUCCGAGGUUGAUGAAGUUGAGGAGGAAAAGCAGAUGGCUAAGUACGAAAAGAUAUCCGAGAAGCACGAGGAUCUGCUCGAUAAAUUCGCCAAGGCUGAGACUCUCGAUGAAUCAUUCAAGUUGAUGAAAAGAAUUGACAAGUUCGAGGAGAAACAUUUUCGGCUAAGACCAGAGUAUCGUGUGAUUGGCGAGUUGAUGAAUAGGCUGAAAGUAGCUGAAGGUAAGGACAAAUUCCUUCUUCAGGUAAAGUUGAAUAGGGCAUUGCGAAUGGUGGAGUGGAAAGACGCUUUUGACCCUGAUGAUUCGUCCAAUUACGGGGUCAUUCAGAAUGACGAGGUUGGGUCUGCCGUUGACCGUUUUGCGCAAGCUGAGUCGGAAGACGAGCAAGAAGUUUCACGAGGUGGAGGGGAUGAUGAUGAGUUGGAGUUUGAUGAUCUUAAAGAAAAGGAUAAUGUACUGUUGGAAAAGCUUAACGAAUUAGAUAAACUACUUGAGCAGAAACUGGCGGAAUUGGAUCAUACUUUUGGUAAGAAGGGGAGACUGCUAGAGGAGGAAAUUAAAGAUCUUGCAGAGGAGAGGAACGCGUUAACUGAGCAAAAGAGAAAGCCUCUCUAUAGGAAAGGCUUUGAUGUGAAGCUUAUUGAUGUCAACAGAACCUGUAAGGUUACAAAGGGUGGACAAGUUAUCAAGUACACUGCCAUGCUUGCGUGCGGAAACUAUCAUGGCGUUGUCGGAUUUGCUAAAGCAAAGGGUGAAGGAAUUCCCGAGGCCCUUCAAAAGGCAUACGCGAAGUGCUUUCAGAAUCUGCAUUAUGUAGAACGGCAUGAAGAGCAUACAAUUGCACAUGCAAUUCAGACGUCGUAUAAAAAGACCAAGGUGUAUCUUUGGCCAGCUUCUACUCAGACGGGGAUGAAGGCUGGUAAAACUGCUCAAACAAUUCUCAGUUUAGCUGGU